GAUGAUCGUGAACUACUCUGCAAUUCCAUGAAUGUGUAGCGAUGCUAGUAGUGGUGUCACUCUCGCAGUGCUGAUAUCGAUUACAAUAAGCCCGCUCUUGGCUUGCUGGCCUCACUGUCGCCGAGGCGCUACCUAAGUGCUUUCGUCUUUGCUUUGCAGACGGACGUCUUCACCGAAAAGUCUACGGUAAAGCCUACGGUAUCUCACAGCAAGGAAGCAGCACAAAUACUAGUAUGGGCUCCCUAUCACCCUCGCCCAAGGGCAGCAUAACUCCAUCUGAUAUCGACACCCUCCGCUCCCUGCUGUCAGGCACCUCGGCCACGCUCCUCACCCCCAACGACGGGGCGUCGUACGAAGCGAGCAUACGCCGCUGGUCCAGAGCCGCCGAGAAACCCGCUGGCCUCGUCCUUGUCCCUGCGAGUGCCGAGGAAGUGUCCAUCGCGCUCAAGUAUGCUGGUGCCCAGAACCUCGACCUCGCGGUCAAAGGUGGCGGGCAUUCGACGGCCGGUGUGAGCAGUACGAACGGAGGUUUACUUGUUGACCUCAAUGCGAAGAUGCGCAAUGUCGAGGUCGACCUGGAUCGGAAGUUGUUCAAGGUCCAGGGCGGUGCGACGUGGGGGGAUGUCGACCAGGCGGGAGUAAAGCACGGGCUUGCGACGGUUGGAGGGACCGUGGCUGAUACAGGCGUGGGCGGAUUGGUUCUGGGUGGCGGGUACGGAUGGCUCAGUGGACAACAUGGCUUGUCGAUUGACUGCCUUGUGGAGGCCACGGUCGUUCUUGCGACUGGAGAGAUUGUCAAGGCCAGUGAAACGGAGAAUCCGGAUCUUUUCUGGGCGCUGCGAGGGGCUGGACAGAAUUUCGGCGCGGUCACGGAAUUCGUCCUGAAGGCGUUCGACCAGGGUGAUGUUUGGGCCGGGUUGCUGAUCUUCCCGCCCGUUCCGGAGUUGAUUGAGAAGAUUGUCGACGCUACGAACGAGUUGUACACGCCCGAUGAGGUUUCUGGGAAGGGGGAGGGGAAGGGGAAAACGAAAGUCGCGGGCCAUGGUGCUGGGGGCAUUGCCAUCGCCCGGCCUCCCCCGGCGGGUGGGCAGGUCAUGAUACUCGUGUCGAUUAUCUAUUUCGGAACGGCAGAGGAGGCGAAGAGCAUAUACAAACCCCUUUAUGAUCUCGAGCCGGUCGUGGAUACGACGGCCAUGGUGCCGUAUCCGACGGUCAACACGAUCCUGGCGCCGCCGAUCGGUCUGAGAGCGAGCAUGAAGGGCGCGGCGUUCUCGAUGCCGAUCAGGACCGGGUUUGUGAUGGAGGUGCUAGAUAACUAUGUCAAGUUCACCGAAGGGAAUGACGAUACGCAUGUCAGUUUGAUCUUGUGGGAGAUUUAUGAUCCGGCGCAAGUGGUCGCGAGGGAGGAAGAGGGACAGGGUGGCAGUUUCGCGAAUCGAGGGUGGCAUCUUAACGGGUUGAUCUGUCCGCUUUGGACUAAGACGGAGAAUGAUCAGGUCUGUCGGCAGUGGGCCAGGGAGAUCAACGAGAUGUUCAAGAAGGAGUUGGAGGCGCAGGGGAAGGAGACGGGGAGAGGUGUGGACGGUGGUGUUGGGUUGAGAGGGAAGAAGGGAGCUGUUUUGCUCUAUGGGAAUUAUGAUCAGUAUGAUGAGAGAUCGAGAGAUAUCUUUGGCGAGAACUAUGCUCGGCUUCAGGCGUUGAAGGCCCGGUACGAUCCGACGAACAUGUUCGACAAAUUGUUUGCUAUCGUGCCACAGGCUUGAUGGUGAUGGUACGGAGGUCGCUGCAUUGGACGUAGAGUGGUCAGUGGGAAUUGACGAAGACUUGAUCGAUGUUUAUAGUAUCACAGCAUUUCAGGUUGUAGAUGAGAGGUGUGUCUGCCUGCAACAAAGUCCAUCGUCCCUUCA